AUGCUGGCCAUCACAGCUAUCAUUGAUACUAAAUUCCGCAUCAGAGGUCCGCUAAUCAUAUUCCUGGCAGCUAUGACACUCGCCGGACUCGCAAGAAACCAGAUGGUCAUUUUGACGUUCGGGCAAAACAACACUGUUGGCACUAACGCUCGGAUGGCCAUUUCGGUCGCGAAUCUGGCCUACUCUGUCACCGGUGGUAUCAUUGGCAGCACUAUUUUCCGGAGUCAGGAUGCACCAACCUACGGUCCGACUUUGUACACCACCAUGGGGGUGCAAGCCGCGUUGAUUGUGGUACGGGUAUCUAUAUGGUAA